GACUUCUCUCGAACUUAGCUCUGUGGCUGUGCGCGCAUGCAUGCGAUCUUUGAUCUAGAAGGAAUACUUCAAAAUGAGCGGUCCACUAGCUGGUAAGGUGUGUCUUGUGACAGGGGCAACAAGAGGUAUAGGCAAAGGAAUUGCUCUGCAGCUGGGAGAAGCAGGAGCUACUGUAUACAUCACUGGAAGAACAUUGAAACCAAAGCAAGAUGGGGUAGGAGGGUCAUUGGAGGAAACAGCAAGAGAAAUAGAUGACAGAGGAGGAAAGUGUGUUCCAGUGCAGUGUGACCAUUCCAAAGAUGAACAGGUCAAAGCAGUCUUUGAUAGGAUAGAGAGAGAACAGAAUGGACGUCUGGAUGUCCUAGUCAACAAUGCCUAUGCAGCAGUAACUGCGUUAAUGGGUGCAGUGUCUACCCCUUUUUGGGAGCUUCCUGAAACUAUCUGGGAUGAUGUCAAUAAUGUUGGUCUGAGGAAUCAUUACAUUUGCACAGUGUAUGCAGCCAAGCUGAUGGUUCCAGCCAAGCAGGGACUCAUUGUCAAUAUUUCAUCAGGUGGCGGUCUCAGAUACCUAUUCAAUGUUGCCUAUGGGGUCGGAAAAGCUGCAGUGGACCGGUUAGCAGCAGAUUGUGCUCAUGAGCUGAAGAAACACGGUGUAGCAGCAGUCUCACUCUGGCCUGGUGCCGUCAAAACAGAACAUAUCCUGGAUAAGUUCAAAGACCCUGACUUGACCAUAGAUGUUGGAGGCUAUGAAGCAAAGCAAAGAGACAUCUUCUUAAUGGGUGAGACCCCUGAGUACGCUGGCAAGUGUGUGGUCAAUCUAGCCACAGACCGGAACAUCAUGCGCAAGACAGGCCGAGUGCUCCUCACGAUGGAUCUUGCUCAAGAGUACGGUUUCACAGACAUCGAUGGCCACGUUCCGAUCAACUACCGUCAGCUGAAGUCACUGGCUUUGAUGGGUGGACACACUUGGAUCGGGGCGAUGAUUCCGGGUUUCAUCAAGAUUCCCUUCUGGGCUCUCGCUGCUAUUACUCACAAAUUCUGAUAGGUCAAAUGAUUAAAGGUCAUCUUCGCCCUGUUGUAGAAAAAGUUGUGUUUAGACACAACUAAAACAAAACAGUUGCGAAUUCAUAAUACUCUCUUUGGAUUGGUUGAUAAUCAAUAUGCCUUUGAUUGCUUGAGUUGGGUUUUAUUGUAAGCCUUGCUUAAUCAGGGACAAAAUUCUCACAGUGAAAUGAAAUUUUAUAACGGUUUCCUGUAUUUCACAUGCAAAAGUACAGAAGAGCGUGAGAGAGA